CAACGUAAACAGCCCUCACGGAUCUUUCAACAUUUUCAUUCUCCAUUUCUUUCCUCCACAAAGAGUGAGAAAAACACUAACCAAAUAAACGAAGAUGAAGGUGCUAGUGGGAAUAGAGGUUGAAGAAGAACACCAAGCUGUCACACUAUAAGAAAGAGACCAAAUUUGAAACUUGGUUGCCAACGCCAGGAAUCCCAGAGAUCAUUAAGAAAAAGCUAGAAUUUUGGUGGUCUCUGCCGUGGACUAGGGCUGGAGAGUCUAAGAGAGAUGGAGAGGACAAAGGGGAGGAAGGUGGUGAAAGACAAGGAAGUUGGUGAUGGUGAUCUUUGCUGGUGGUUGGUUCACAAGGGAAUUGCAGCCUCAUUCCUGUGCAUUGCUGUGUUUGCACUUUUGAUGAGAGUGGCUAUAUCACUCCAUCCUUAUUCUGGUGCAGGAAAUCCUCCCAAGUAUGGAGACUUUGAGGCACAGAGGCAUUGGAUGGAGAUCACCCUUAAUUUGCCAGUCAAGGAAUGGUAUCGCAACAGCACAACCAAUAAUAUCAGCUACUGGGGACUUGACUACCCUCCCCUUACUGCCUACCAGAGCUAUUUCCAUGGUCUAUUUCUCAGAUUCUUCCAUCCUGAAUCAGUUUCUCUUUUCACUUCUCGAGGCCAUGAAUCUUACCUUGGAAAACUUCUCAUGAGGUGGACGGUUCUAUCCUCUGAUGCACUGGUGUUCUUUCCUGCAGUUUUCUAUUUUGUUCUUGCGUACCAUUCAGGUCGCUCAAAUGGCCAUAAAACUCACAUAGCAUGGCACAUUGCAAUGAUUUUACUGAGUCCAUGUUUGAUGCUCAUAGAUCACGGUCAUUUUCAGUACAAUUGUAUCAGCUUAGGCCUUACUGUUGGAGCUGUUGCUGCUGUUCUCUCUAACAAAGAGCUAGUAGCUUGUUUCUUGUUCAGUCUUGCUCUCAACCACAAGCAGAUGACUGCAUAUUUUGCACCUGCAUUUUUCAGCCAUCUCUUGGGUAAAAGUCUUAGGCACCGGAAUCCUGUUCUUGAAGUGUUGAAACUAGGCCUUGUGGUCUUGGGAACAUUUUCUCUUGUUUGGUGGCCAUAUCUUCAUUCUAUGGAAGCCUUUUCAAGGGUUCUCUCUCGUCUUGCUCCUUUUGAGAGAGGAAUAUAUGAGGAUUAUGUGGCUAACUUUUGGUGCACAACAUCAGUUCUUGUAAAAUGGAAGAGUAUCUUCACAAUACAAUCAUUGAAGCUUCUCAGCCUUGGUGCAACUGUUUCUACAUGUCUGCCUUCAAUGGUUCAGCAGAUAUGGGCUCCAAGCAACCAAGGUUUCCUUUAUGGACUGCUGAAUAGUGCAUUCUCAUUCUAUAUGUUCUCAUUCCAAGUGCACGAGAAGUCAAUUUUGCUUCCUCUCCUGCCUGCAAGCCUUUUGGCACUGGAAGAGCCUUUUCUUCUUAAAUGGAUUACACUUUAUGCCUUGUUCUCUAUGUUUCCUCUUCUUUGUCGUGACAAGCUGAUCCUACCAUAUAUUGCAGUAUCUGCUCUCUUCGUCCUUAUUUAUUAUGUGCCAAGUGGAAGACAAGAUAGAAAGGAGAUGCGUUCCUUCAAUUCAUUUUUCACAAUCUGUCUUGUGUCAUGCUCUGUUGUUCUUCAUAUUGUUUACUUAACCAUGCAUCCCCCCCACAGAUAUCCUUUCCUUUUUGAUGCUAUGAUUAUGCUUCUUUGCUUCUCACAGUUUAUGUUGCUUGCUUUGUACACUAAUGCAAAGCAAUGGAUGCUGAUGAAACGCUCUGUUUUGUUGGAUAAAGAAAAGAAGCUUCAUUGAUCCUUUGUUUCAAAGAUUUGGUUAAUAUUGUCAGUAUCUUAUUGGUUUGUGUUAUUCAAGGGAUAUUGAGAUGGAGGCAGCAAACUUGUGUAAGUAAAUGUUUUGUGAUGAGUUAUUAUGCAAGUAAAUGCUUUAUGUGGAUUUAUUA